CCAGCACCGACAAGCAGCAGCGGCACUAGCAGCAGACCGAGCGAACGAGACGCGAUGUCGUGGCGAUCGUCCGCGCUCCCCUUCGUCGCCAGAGCCGCCCCAAGCAGCACCAAGGCGUCCCGGCGCUGAGCGAUGCCACAUCGUCGCGAGCAUGUAGUGUUGCGGCCGCCGCAAGACCAUGUCCGUCGUCGGAAGGAAGGUCAACGUCACGUAAUCAGCGGCAGCAACGUCGUCGUCGUCGAGGAGCUGUUGGCGAGGGGCCGACGCUAAAUGGCGGGCUCCGGCGCCGCGGCGGCGGCCGAACAGGCGGCGGCUGGCGGCGGCGUGCUCGUGGCCCACGGCCAUGCCUUCCACAAGAAGACCUUCCACAAGCCCACGUACUGUCAUCACUGCGGCGACAUGCUCUGGGGCCUCAUCCAACAAGGCUUCGUCUGCGAAGUUUGCAACUUUAUAGUACACGAAAGAUGCUGCAAGAUCGUAAUAUCACCAUGUUCUUGCAUUGCGGCUAGUUUGGUCAAGAAUCCGGUAGGUCACUGCUGGUCAGAAAUAAUACACCAAAAAAGAAAAUUUUGUAACGUAUGCAGGAAAAGGCUAGACGAUUGCGAUUCAAUUCAUUGCGAAAUAUGCGAGUACUACGUUCACGUGGAGUGCCAGGACUUUGCGGUACCCGACUGCAAAGAGAACGCCACCUAUGUGCCGGGAAAGGAAGUGGAGGAGGUGGUGCACACUCACCAGUGGCGCGAGGGCAACCUGCCCAGCGGAAGCAAGUGCGAGUACUGCAGAAAGACCUGCUCCAACACCGAGUGUUUAUCAGGAUUCAGAUGCGAGUGGUGUCGGAUGACGUGUCACGCUGCUUGUCAUGUGAACGUCGAAAGCGACUGCACGUUCGGCAUGUUGGGGCCCAUCUACCUUCCGCCACAUGCGGUCAGCAUUCCUCGUACCGAAGUACCAAUGGAAUCCAUAAUCGGAGUGCAAGUACGACGCAAGGAAAUAACGCUUUCUCUCUCCAAUGGCGCGGGACGGGCGGGCUCGGUCUCGAACUUGCGGCAUCGCUUUUCCUUUGUUUCCUCCUUUUAUCAGACACUUCGGCACAAGCCGCCUCGACGCAGAGCACGGAGUACGUCAGAAGAGUUCAGUAGCGGCGAGGCCAGUAGGUACAGGGAGUUGGAAGAGAACACUCAAACACAUUCCUCCAGUAGUAAAGAAAAGCAGGACAAACAGAAUAAGAAGGAAGAAGAGAGAGAUGAAGAAGUGAUCAAGGUUUUCGACGGUAACAACUCCCUACGCAGGCGCAUCUUCAGGAUCGUGGUCGUUUCGCGACAGGCCUCGCUCAACCAGCUGUUGGUACAUGCCCUGAGGGCGUUCCACAUUACCAAGGACCCCGGCCAGUUUUACUUGACCGAUCUGUACUCGCCGGAAGAGGCGGUGUUGCGCGACCCGAAUCCGGUACUAGCGCUCAACAGGAAGGAAGGGAAGAGACCAGCGGUGUUUCUCAGGUUUAAGGAUAGGGAAAACGACAAGGGCGAGGUGAGAGUUUACCCCGGAAAACUGCAAGUGUCACAGGCUUUCUGCACCGUGCCUGUUGACUCGAACACAACCAUUGCCGAUCUCAUCAGAGAGGCCCUGUACAGAUUUGACGUAGAGUACAAAUGUGACGACGUGCGAUGUUUGGAAGUGCUGCUAGACAGAGGAGUUACUGAAAGAGUACUCUCUUGGAGCGAAAGGCCCUGGUACAUAAUGAAGAGCUUAGGUCGGGACAGCAUCAGACAGAUGGAGCUCUGCAGAUUCUACCUGCAGCUGAAGCAGGAUCCUCACGGACCAAACGUAGCACUCUUUCUCGGAAAUCUGCCACCAAAUUUAGUGGAGAACGCCUACAAAAAUCAAUUGACAGACCUACUCGGCAAAGAGAAUAAAUUUUCGAAAAUCGGCCCAAUCUACUACGAAUACGGCUCGAUGGUGGUAACUUUUGAAGACGCAGAAACAGCAGUCAGAGCUCUCUACAUUCUCAGAGAAGCCCGAUUAGAAGAAAAACAAAAUUUACUAGUGAUGCUAUUACCCAACAUCGAGCCAUCUAUGAUCCCAGCUGACGUACACCCAUUGCUGGUGUUCGUGAAUGUCAAAUCUGGUGGCCGUCAGGGUAUGGAACUCAUCUCCAACUUUAGAAGACUCCUCAACCCGUACCAAGUGUUUGACUUGGACAUUGGAGGUCCUCUACCGGGUCUCUACGUGUUCAGAAACAUACCCAAGUACAAGAUACUGGUAUGCGGGGGUGACGGUACCAUCGGAUGGGUACUGCAGUGUCUGGACAAUGUGGGUCAGGAUUCGCAGUGUUCGUCGCCGGCCUGUGCCAUAGUACCCUUGGGAACAGGCAACGAUCUGGCGCGCGUCCUGCGCUGGGGCGCUGGGUACGCGGACGGCGAGGACCCCCUCAACCUCCUCAAGGACGUGAUCGAGGCGGAGGAGAUCCUCCUCGACCGCUGGACGGUCGUGCUGCACCCCGAGGAGAAAUCGGAGAAGCCGGAGGACAGUUUGAAGCAGGUCAAUUCCACCGGUAAGAAGAGGCAAAAACUGUCCAAAUUGAAAGUGACCAAUGAGCAAAUUAAAAAAGCAGUUGUUUCAGGCUCGACGAGCGAGGACAACUCCCAGAUCCUGGUGAUGAACAACUACUUCGGUAUAGGCAUCGAUGCCGACCUGUGCCUCGAUUUCCACAAUGCCCGGGAAGAAAACCCAGGCAAAUUCAUCAGCCGGCUGCACAACAAGAGCGUCUACGUCAAAAUCGGCUUGAGGAGAAUGGUCGGGCAAGGAAAAGUGUACAGGGAUCUGCACAAGCUGGUUCAACUAGAGGUGGACUUCAAAAGGGUGAAUUUGCCGCAGGUUGAGGGGAUCAUAGUGUUGAAUAUUUUGAGUUGGGGAUCUGGAGCUAACCCUUGGGGUCUAGAGAAAGAUCAGCAUUUUUCCAAACCAACUCAUUUCGAUGGAUUGUUAGAGGUUGUCGGUGUUACCGGUGUGGUGCAUUUAGGACAGAUACAAUCAGGCCUGAGGUCAGCAAUGCGCAUUGCACAGGGCAAACAUAUUAGAAUACAUCUGAACGCUGAUAUUCCAGUACAAGUCGAUGGUGAACCCUGGAUACAAAGCCCUUGUGAAGUAGUCAUACUAAAAUCAGCUUUAAAGGCCACGAUGCUGAAGAAAAAAAAGUUCAAGCGCCGCCCAACCGAGCCGAUCCUCGAACCGCCGCAGGUAGCCGCGGGGUCAGCGGCGGGGGGCUCCGCGUGCCCCCCAGAGGCCGCGCAGGACUUCAGCGCUAACGGGGAGGAGGGCCCCACCGCAUCUAGACCCACACCCUUGACCGACGAUCCACCCCCCCAACCCUCUCCCGCACCCCAACACCACCAACAGACACAAGCCACCCCUUUCGAUCAGAAUUCCGCGUAAACUCGCCCGUUUUUUAAGGCAAACGACAUUUUUUAGGGCAAAAGGGAAUUAUUCAGACUGUUUUAGUUUAGUUUGUUUUCCAACUCGCCUAAUUUUAGAGUAAACGGUUUUUUUUUAUGGCAAACACUCUUUUCCAGUAUUUCAGUAUUUAAAAAACAUUGUUUAAAAUUUUAAGGUAAAUAAUAUUUUUUUCGGGCAAUAGUCUAUUUUUCAUCUAACCCAAUAAAAAUGUUGAAUAUUUAAAAAGAAUAUAAGAAAAAUCGAUUACCCUAAAAUAGUGUCAACAAUAUUUUUUCACUUACCCUAAAAAUAUUGUUUACUCUAAAAUACAUUAUUUAAAUUUUAGGAUAAAUACUAUUUUUUAGGGUAAUAACACAAAAAUAUCGUUUACCCUAGUUUAGGGUAAACUAUAUAUUUUUUUUCAAUUACCCUAAAAAAUAUUGUUUACCCUAAAAUAGAGAAAACUAUCAGCGUAUAUUUUUCUCUGUUUCAACAAGAUUUAGGGCAAAUAAGAUUUUUUUAGGGCAAGCGGAAAAAUUGUAGUCCAUUUUUAUAUUUUCCAGGACACGCAACGCAUUUUAAAUUACAACGUUUAUUAAUUUAGAGCAAAUAAUUUUUUUUAAGGGAAGCCGGAAAGUUACUGUUACGUCCUAUUGUUUAUCCUUACUUAUCCCUCAAUAUUCCUGGUAGCUAAAUUAUAUUCUGCCAAUUUUAGGGCAAUUGGGAAAGCUAUAUUUUCCGUAAAUUUUUCUAGCUUUCCGAGUUUUUUCCGUUUAUAAUCAUCUUAUUAACAAUUCCCUUUUAUUAAAAAAUAUUUUUAAAAAUAUCCUUAUUAACCAUUAGACGCUUUCUCCCUAUGUUCAUCAUCAUUUUUUUUUCUUAAAGCCUUUUUACAUUACUCUUAUUUAAUAUUAUAUACCGUUAUUUAAAUGAAACGUAAUUCAGUAUACAGACUGUAAUUUUGUUUAUAUAUUUUAGAAAACAAAAGUAUCCGAGAAUAUUAUAAAAAAUGUUUCAAUUUUUUUUUAUAAAAGCAGUCAAUUAAAACAGUUAAUUUUAAAUUCUCAACUCAACAUACAAGACUUGAGUCUAGAGUUUAAAAUAAAGUAUUUUUAACUACUUAAACUUAUGAUUUUUAACAUUACACAAAAUCCUGAUUACUGCACUACUGAGUCUGAAAAUACUGGAUUAUUUUUAAAACAAGCACAAAAAAACACUCUUAAAUAAAAAUUUAAACAGAAAAAACUACUGGGCGAGCACAAAAUUUAAUAAUAAAACAAAGAAAUCUGUUUAUCACAGACUUCGUAAUAAAAACAAAGGUGUAAACUGGUUUUUAGACAUAUAUAGAGCAUGCCGUUUGCUUGACCUCUCACUUCUUGCGACCUGUCUCUCUUUCUUUUUUGAGUAAUAGUUUUCGAAACCGAAGAAAAAAUGUCCUUUCUUUUACCUUAAAUUCGACUCUCCUCCCCUCCGCAGGCCACCAUGCUGAAGAAGAUGAAGAGGCGCAUGAAGCGGAGGAACACGGAGCCAUCGAUGGCCAUUGCCGGUGCCGGGGACAGGAACCUGGAGACUCUGCCGUCGCCGUCUAAUGGAGGCGAGGCAUCGCCCACCGACCUAGAGCAGACGCUCUUUUAAAAAGUGACAAAAAACACAAAGACUAAAGACAGUUUAGUAUCUCUAUUUAUUGUAUUUAUUUGUUUUAGUUAAAAUUCUCUGUUUGAUAGGAUUGUGUCAUUUAGUCGUAGAGUAGACGUCGAAUGGGAGUUUUUAACGAAUAAAAGCUUGUAUAAAUUUUAGGGUAAUACAGACCUAAUUUUUUUAUGAUAAAUGAUUUUCUUACCUGGAAAUUUUAGGAUAAAUUAUUUUUUUACCUGAAAAUUUUGGGGUAAAUGAUUUUCUUACCUGAAAAUUUAGGGUAAAUUAUUGUCUUGCCUGAAAAUUUUAGGUGCAAAUGAUUUUCUUACUUGAAAAUUUUAGAGUAAAUGAUUUUCUUACCUGAAAAUUUAGGGUAAAUUAUUUUCUUGCCUGAAAAUUUUAGGGUAAAUGAUUUUCUUACUUGAAAAUUUUAGGGUAAGUUAUUUUCUUGCCUAAAAAUUUUAGAGUAGAUGAUUUUCUUACCUGAAAAUUUUAGGGUAAAUUAUAUUCUUACCUGAACAUUUUAGGGUAAAUUAUAUUCUUACCUGAAAAUUUUAGGGUAAAUUAUUUUCUUACUUAAAAAUUUUAGGGUAAAUAACACUAAAGUGUUGUGUCAAACUAAAACAACUUGUGUAAAAUUUAGGGCAAAUGGGAAAAUUUACACCUAGAAAUUAUAGGGUAAAUGGAAAACUUACUUCAGAUAAAAAUUUAUUCAAAUAGACACUUAAAAAGAUCUUUUUAUUUGUAUUCUUUCAUGAAUCAGCCAUAAGGUACCAAAACACUGUAAUCAAAGGUUUCAAGUCUAAAUUCUAUUUUUAAGAGAAAAUAGGAAAAAGGAAAAAAUAUACAAUAUUAAUUAUAAAAAAUCGUAACAUAUCCCUUUUUUAUGUCAAACAGCUUGUGUAACUUGGUUAAAAUUUAGGGUAAAUGGAGAAACAAUACGAUAAAAUUUCGGGGUAAAUUCCAACAAACCUUUUAUGAGUUUUGAUGUUUGAUUAACAAAGAAAAACAAUCCCAUUUGACGUGGACUCUGUGUUCGACACUGUAUACUAUGUUUUUAUCUCCAUGUAAAAUGUAACAAGUAUGGUCAUUUUUACCAAGUUUUUACUACAUUUUUACUGUUUCGUUGUUCGGACAGACACGAGUUUAUGCUAAUAUUAUUUAUUUAUUUAUAGAUAUAAUAAGAAAAACUUUUUCGAGCAGGUUUAGUUCUAGGAUUGAGUAAAAUGAAUCAAACAAACCCUUAUUACGCUUCUUCGUGUAUAAUAUUUUAUUUUUAUACCCCAGAAUGAUGAGGACGAUGUGCCAAUAAUUUCAGAAACAUUGCUUAUUGCAAGUGCCAAUCGACUCGAGUGUGAAAUUACGAGAAGUUUCGGUACAAAAAAUAUAUUUUUAAAUAUUCUAUCUCUAUUUUUAUUAGGUUUUAGCUCUUUAGAACUACAGCCUGUUCGAAAAGGACAUAGUGGUGUGUGUGUAUGAGUGUAUUAUUACAACAAAGAAGUGAAAAUAAUGGAAUAUAGGAAAGUAUCUGCUCGAAGGAUCAUGCAGCCGUACGGCAAAUAUAGACUUUAAAAUUCAAGUGCGUAAUGUGCUUUCCUUUUGAUGCUUUAUAACAUCAGUGUGAUAAAAAUUUGUCUUUAUAUAGACGCUGGUUGCCAAAAAAAAAAAUAAAAAUACAUACAGAAAAACGGGUAACAGAUCAGUAGACUCUAUUUUGGGUGAGUCUUUGUCCAGAAAAAUAUAUCUGUAUUUUUAUUUCGGACAAAGACUGCACCUCUUUGGGUCGUUCACCUCGAAACUUAUUUAGUUCGGUCCUGCGCAAAUCUAGAUACAA